CCGAGAUUUGCUUGAAGAAGAGUGAGACAGUUGAAAAAGAGGUUGAAGCAGAGGAAGUGAGAAUUGAAGAAGAGGAAGAUCUUAAUUGUUCCCAAGGGGAGGAACAUAUUUGGGAAGAAGGAAGGGAGGGUUUUUUUUUUUUUUUUGAAUAACGGAAGGGAGGUUGAAGAUGCAAAUGGUGUCCAAUACGAGGACAAAGUCAUGGUGGAUGAAGCUUCUACAAGUUACAAGUGCCACAAAAGCUUUCUACCCAACCUUGAUGCACUUUUAGCAAAGGACCCUUUUGCGGUUUCUCUUCGCCAAGCCGAGGUCAAACCAUCAUCAAUCCCUCUUGAUGGAUUCAAUGAUGGUCAAUCAAGAUUGCAUUACAUGGUUUGGGACAAAGAGAAGAAUGAAGAAGGAAAGAAGAAGAGGUCUCGCGGGUGGAGCCUCAAAUGUAACCAAGUUCACGACCCGUUACCAUCACUUUUCACAUCAUAUGCUAGGGACUUGAGACACCACAUCACCGACAAGAACCUCAACUUCAAAGAGGUUUUGGGAUGGACCAAAACUUGAGCAUCACCAUCCGACUCAUGACGCAAAAGAAGGGAAUAGGUUAGGGCGAUUACUCAAUUUUGAGUAAUCACGGUGGCUACCAACAUCUAUACCAUUCAUUAUCUUUAUUUUAUUAUAUUUUUAAAUUAACGAUUAAGAUUAGCUAAGGGUAAUUUAGGAAAUGAAAAAACAUACCACACCUGAUUACUCUAUAUAUUAUACUCAAACCCUAAUACAACCCUACAACCGCCGCCGUCUCUCCCUUCUCCCACAACCGCCGACGUCUUCUCCCUUCUCCCCUCCUCCCUCGGACCACCCCAACCCCAGUACAGCUCUCAACCGGACCGACCCCCCCCCCCCCCCAAACAAGCAUCAAGUGUUCUUCCUGUUAAAUAUAAAUGAAUGCCAACGUUGGCAUCUAAUACUACUAGUCUACUACAAAAGGACUUCUCCAUUUCUUUAUUCGCCAGAGAGAAUUAGGCCAAUACGAUGGAAUUUUACCAAAUGGGAUUGUAACCAUUAGACACUUAAUGGCCGGGUUGAGAUACCGUCACUUCCCUUUAAGGGUUGUGAGAUGCGCUACCCUCCUCCCAGCCAUUAGAUUCAUUAUCUCUCCUUCUUUUUUUUGAAUGGAAGAAGGAGAUUAAUCAAGGGGUAUAUUUGGACGAAAAAAAUAACCACAUCAGAUUUGUCUCCCCUAAUAACUCUACAUAUUCCUCUCCUCUCUCUUUCUCUAACCCUAAUAGAUCCAUCAUCUUCUUCUCUCCUCUCAUCUUCUGCCGCCAUCACCAUCUCCUUAUCUCCUACGUCCAGCCACCAUCGCCGCCGGUGCCCCCUCCGCAGCCCUCCCACAACUCUCAACCCCCUGUCGUGCCCUUCGUCUCCCCCUUCCUCCGCCUCCCACCACCACCGCCAUGAGGUCCUCGUCGCAAUCAUCCACCUCCCUCAUCCCAUGCCGCCACCGUCGUGCCUCCUCUCCUUGCCUCUUGCGGUGUGAGAAAGCAUAUUUCCUCUCCUCCCUUUGUUUUUCAGAUCUGCGAGUUUUGGAUUUUUAGAUCUGGUUUUUUUCUAGUGGUUUUUUUCUGAUAGUGGUACUAGAUGUAGUGGUACGCUACCACUACCAUCUUGUAGCAAGUAGCGGUAUCGUACCACUAUCUUUUGGUACCUGGUAGUGGUAGCGUGCCACUACCAGGUAAUGGUACUAAAUGACAGUGGUACUCUACCAGCUACCAGGUGGUAGUGGUACCAGUGUAGCAGUAGCGUACCACUAGCGCACUGAUGGAGCGAUAAUUGCAGGUGGCCGGAGUGAGUCUUAUUCAAGGAUUUCGCCGGAGAAAGUAUGUCGGCCGCAAAGUCAGCCAGUUGGAGUGUUGUGGCUGCUAGAAAAGGAAGAGAGAGAUAGGAAGAGAGAGAGUAAUAUUUAUUGUAGGAUUUAUAUUUAAAAAAGCAUGUAUUUAAUAUGGGUUUUUAAUUCACAAUCUGUAAUUAAUACAAAACACUACUAGAAUUACCACUUAUAGCUACGAAGUAUUGCCAUGAACAAUCCUAUUGUAACUAAUAAAAGCUAAUAACUACGUAAAUUGUUUCCCGUAGCUAUUGACAAAAGUUUUAGCUACAAUUUUCUUUACUUGUGGCUAUUUUGGUAUUUUGCUUUAAAUUUGGAGGAGUAUGGCAAGUUAGCCAUACAUUUUCAAGCUUUGCUAUUCCAUCGUAGCUAAUUAUUGUAUUUAGUUACAGAUGAUACUUCCUUCUGGCAACAAUAAUUAUAACAUCCAACUUUUAGCUACAAAAAGCAAGAUUGUAACUGUUUCAAUGAUAAUUAGCUAAGAAUUUCAAAGUGACGUAGUUAAUGUUUUUAUGAGCUUGCUCAACGAUGUCAUAUAUCCACAAAAAUGAUAACAUUAUAUAGGAAUACAAUUAAAAAUUGAUAACAAUAUAUAGUAAUCCAAUUAUUUAACUUGAUGUCACCGUUUAAAUUGAAAUACUGACUUUUUUAUUAAGUUUAAACUAGCAAGAGCUACAAAGUCGCAAAAAAAUAAAAAUAAAAAUAAAAAGCAAAGAGCUACAAAAUAAAUUUCAAUCUUAAUUCAUAUCAGAAUAUAAAUAUACAAAUCUCCAUAAUAUUUUUAGUUAUACGGAAAAAAUUAUUAUGACUCAAUAACAAAAGAAUUAUCAAUCUUACUAACUAGACAUGCAAAAAAAUUCUUUUAUCAGUAAUAUAUAUUUAUGCCUUAGGCUUCUUCACUCCUCCCCACUACGAUUCAUCUCUCUGCAUCCUCCGACUUGUCAUUUUCGUUCAUCAUCAACGACGGAGCAAGUGAAGACCUCUUUGUGAUGCAUUUCCAUGCUUGACCCUUGUUCCUUUUCGAUUAGUAAUCAAUUAAGGAGAUGCAGAUAGAAAAGGAACAGAGUAUCAAAACCCAGGUAUGAGGUAUAUAUGAGAGACCCACACUUUAAAAACCAGGUAUAUAUUAUUCUCGUGUUUACAAGCGAUUAUAUUUUGAACUAGAUCAUCGACUCCAGUAUGCUUAGGAAUCAAUAUCGAUAUUCCAAUAUUAUUGAGCCUUUCGUUGAUAUAUAGGGUGAUUCCUAAGUUUUUUUUUCAAACUAAUCUUUUCCUGACAUUUGUGCAGGUCAAAGUGUUGAAGCACAAGAGAAGAUAGUGGACGAUGAUAAAACAUUGCCAAUAAUAAAGACAUUUUGUAGAUUUUUAUUUACGUUCAUAUAGCAGAUUGCAAUUUUACCGUGUAUAAAAUCCUAUAAUUUAAUGGAGUGUAUCCUUUCGAUCUGUUUUGGAUCUUGAUGUUCAAUUUGUUUUUACUAGAUGUGUACGGAUAUAGAUAGUGUCCUUGGAUUUAAUUCCAAAAGAAACAUAUUCUAGGACAUCAAUCUCCACAAACGGCAACUAUGACGAAAUUACAGAGAUUAUUAUUUGCUAGACAGAUUGCGGAAAAGAUAUUUAACGUAUCAUAAUUAUUAUUUCCACAAAAAAAUAAAAUCAAAAUUUAAUUUCAAGCAAAGGUAAUUUUUGAAAUAUUGUACGAAAUUUUCGUUUACAGUUUCCUACAGGAAUCUUUCCACCGAAGAAAAAUAAAUGAUUUGAUGCAGUUAUCACUAUGGAACCAUAUAUUAUUCGAAUUUGGUUAUUAUUAAUAAUUUUUGAAAAUAUGAUUUAAUCAAUUACGACAAUUUCUUCUGAGCAUUUUGCUAUGAUUAAAUGCAAUUGUAGCUGUAUGCAAAAUUUUAGGUACACAACCAAUUACUUUCGUGGCUAACUUUUAGCUGCGACAUAGGGGGAAGUGACUGUAUCCCGCCCCUUAAUGGCCUAUUCUUCAUGAGGGAUCCAAGAAAAAUAGUUAUUAAGG